GGCUGGGGUGUGUUUAUUUUGGCAUAUACAACGAGGUAUGGAUUUAAAUUGCUUUUAGCAGAUAGCUAGCUAGGUGUUCCAGCACCAUUACUGAAUGAGCUGUCAUUUCACCAUUACCUCCAAAGAUCCCCUUAAUUAUAACACUAACUAUUAUUAAUUGUGGAACAUAUUUAUGCAUACCAGGCUCUGCCUCUGGGCUUUCUAGUCUGUUCCAGAGACCCAGUACCAGAAUAUUUAAAUCACUGUGGCGUUAAAUACGUUUUAAUAUCUGAUAGGGCCAGUUUCUGCGCAUUGCACUUUUUUUUUUUUUUCUUACAGGAACGUGUUCGGGCCCGCGGCAGGGGGCGGGGUCGCGCCUCCUCCGCGGCUCUGGUUCCAGCCGAGCCUCACGGACGCCGAGAUGGAAAUCCCGAGGCUGCUCCCGGCUCGCGGGACACGACAGGGCGGCUGUGGCGGUAGCCCCGCGGGCGGCGGCCGGGUCGACCGAGGCCCUGACCCGCCGGCUGGCCAGGCCCCCACGCGUCGUCUCCUGCUGCUCCGGGGCCCCCAAGAUGGCGGGCCCGGGCGGCGGCGCGAGGAGGCCCGCACGGCCUCACGGGGCGCUGGCCCGAGCCUGUUGGCGCUGAGGCCCGAUCACGCUAGCGGCGGCGGCGACGACUUCUUCCUGGUACUGCUUGACCCGGUGGGUGGCGACGUGGAGACCGCAGGCGCCGGUCAGGCCGCAGGGCCCGAGUGGAGGGAGGAGGCCGAGGCGGGCCCGGGGCCCCAGGGGGGCGAAAGCGGCGCGAACCCUGCGGGCUGCCCCGCGCCGGGCCCCCGCUGCCUGUCCGCGGUUCCCACCCCGGCCCAGAUCUCCGCCCCAGGGCCCGGCCCCGCCGCGGCCUUCGCGGGCACCGUCACUGUCCACAACCAGGACGUGCUGUUGCGCUUUGAGAACGGCGUCCUCACCCUGGCCACGCCCCCACCACCCGCCUGGGAGCCGGGGGUCGGGCCUGCCCCGCAGCCCGCGGGGCUCAUCGCCCCGCAGGCUGGGUUCCCGCACGCCGCGCAGCCGGGUGACUGUCCGGAGCUGCCGCCCGACCUCCUGCUGGCCGAGCCGGCCGAACCGGCGCCCGUCCCGGCGCCGGAGGAGGAGGCGGAGGGACCAGCCACUGCCCUGGGCCCCCGUGGGUCACUGGGCCCCGGCCCAGGCGUGGUGCUGUACCUGUGCCCCGAGGCGCAGUGCGGGCAAACCUUCGCCAAGAAACACCAGCUGAAGGUGCACCUGCUGACGCACAGCAGCAGCCAGGGCCAGAGGCCCUUCAAGUGCCCACUGGGUGGCUGCGGCUGGACCUUCACCACCUCUUACAAGCUCAAGAGGCACCUGCAGUCGCACGACAAACUGCGGCCUUUUGGCUGCCCCGCGGAGGGGUGCGGCAAGAGCUUCACCACCGUGUACAACCUCAAGGCACACAUGAAAGGCCACGAGCAGGAGAACUCAUUCAAAUGCGAGGUGUGCGAGGAGAGCUUCCCCACACAGGCCAAACUCAGCGCCCACCAGCGCAGCCACUUUGAGCCCGAGAGGCCUUACCAGUGCGCGUUUUCCGGCUGCAAGAAGACAUUUAUCACGGUGAGUGCCCUGUUUUCCCAUAACCGCGCCCAUUUCAGGGAACAGGAACUCUUUUCCUGCUCUUUUCCUGGCUGCAGCAAACAGUAUGACAAGGCUUGUAGGCUGAAAAUUCACCUGCGGAGCCACACCGGCGAGAGACCUUUCCUUUGUGACUUUGAUGGCUGUGGCUGGAACUUCACCAGCAUGUCCAAACUCUUAAGGCACAAAAGGAAGCACGACGAUGACCGGAGGUUCACGUGCCCUGUGGAAGGCUGUGGGAAAUCUUUCACGAGGGCCGAGCAUCUGAAAGGCCACAGCAUAACCCACCUGGGCACAAAGCCUUUCGUGUGCCCUGUGGAAGGCUGCCGUGCCAGGUUCUCCGCUCGCAGUAGUCUCUACAUUCACUCCAAGAAACACCUGCAGGAUGUGGACACUUGGAAAAGCCGUUGCCCGGUCUCCACUUGUAAUAAACUCUUCACAUCCAAGCACAGCAUGAAGACCCACAUGGCCAAAAGGCACAACAUCGGCCAGGAUCUCUUAGCUCAGCUAGAAGCCGCAAAUUCUCUUACGCCCAGCAGUGAACUUACCAGCCAGGGACAGCAUGAUCUCAGCGAUGCAGAGAUAGUGUCUCUCUUCUCUGAUGUGCCUGACAGUAGUUCUGCUGCAGUGCUGGACGCAGCAUUGGUGAACUCUGGAAUCUUGACUAUUGAUGUGGCUUCUGUGAGCUCAACUCUGGCAGGGAACCUCCCUGCUAAUAAUAAUAAUUCCUUAGGGCAGGCAGUGGACCCUCGGGCCUUGAUGGCCACCAGUGACCUUCCUCAAAGUCUGGAUACCUCUCUCUUUUUUGGAACGGCAGCCGCUGGUUUUCAGCAGAGCCCCUUAGAUUUGGAUGAUGCCUCCAGUGUAAGUGCCGGGCCAUUGGGAUCCCUGGGCUCUUUGGCUAUGAAAAACUCCAGUCUCGAGCCCCAAGCUUUGACACCCAGCAAUAAGCUAACGGUGGACACAGAUGCUCUGACUCCUUCGAGCACCCUUUGUGAAAACAGUGUCUCAGAACUACUGACACCAGCCAAAGCAGAGUGGAACGUACCUCCUGACUCUGACUUCUUUGGACAGGAAGAGGAAACCCAGUUUGGAUUCUCCAAUCCCGCAGGAAACCAUGGUUCUCAGAAAGAAACAGAUCUCAUCACAGUGACUGGCAGCUCGUUUUUGGUAUGAACCAACUCUAUUCAUUCCUCACACCAUGUGGCUUACUGUUAUUACGGCCAAUUUUGAGGAUAUUCUGGACUAAAUGUUUAAAUGCAAUCAUUUCUUGUUGGUUUGCAAAAGAACACAGCCCUGGACUACAAGUGUUGAGAAUUCUGAUCUUGGGUCUGGAACUGAGCAAUUGUGUGACCCUCAGCAAGUCACUUAACCUAUCUGAGCCUUAAUUUCCUUAUUUAUAAAAUGAGGUGGUUUGAAUAGAU